GUUAGUUGCCGUUCUUGUUGAUUAUCGUCGCGUCAACCAACUUGCGGCACUUUUAUAAUUGCUUCUACUGAUUUUGAACAGUUUCAAGUUACGCUUUCCCGAGUUCGGUUCUGGUUUAUUGUGACAAUUUAUCAUCAGGAUGCGCUGGCAGUGGCUACUCUUCUUGGCCGUGUGCCUGACCAGCAUCGUCAAUCUUUCGACUGGCCAAUGGGCGCAAUGUGCCAAAGGAUGCACUUGCUUAUCGCACAGCGUGCGCUGCAUGCGCGCCCGCCUCACAUCCUUGCCCCAAGUGCCACAGGAUACCCAAAUGCUAGAUUUGCGUUUCAAUCACUUUGAGAAGCUGCCGUCCGAUGCGUUCCAUGGGCUUUAUCAGUUGACGACGCUUUUUCUCAACGACAACGAGAUUUCGCUUGUGGAGGACGAUGCCUUCAACGAACUUAUAUCCUUGCGGUAUCUUUAUUUGAACAAUAAUCGUCUAAGCCGCUUACCCGCCAACAUCUUUCAGCACUUGAGGAGCUUAGAGUCACUCUAUCUGGAUGGCAACGACUUUUGGCAACUGCCUGUUGGACUCUUUGACAAUCUGCCGCAUUUGAAUCGCCUCUUCCUGCAUAACAACAAGCUGACCAAUCUGCCAUUGGAAAUGUUCAACAAAUUGCCGAGCCUGAAGCAACUGCGUUUGGAUGGCAAUUCGAUUGAUUGCAACUGCGGUGUCUAUUCACUCUGGCGUCGCUGGCAUCUGGAUAGUCAAAGGGUGACCAUCACAUUGUCCUGUGCCCAGCCGACAGCAUUGCAACGUCUCAACUUCAGGCAGCUCACAGAGAAGCAUUUCCAAUGUGUCAAGCCUGAAUUGCUGGCGGGUCCCCACGAUAUGCAUGUGAAUAGCGGCGAAACGGUGGAUAUGACCUGCGAAGUGGAAGGUCAACCGAAGCCGGAGCUUAUUUGGAUGCAGAACACCAACGAGAUCGGUGUGGAGCAGGCACCACGAAUGCAAGUCCUUCCCAGCGGUUCACUGCGCAUCAAUGGAGUCGAAUCGAAUGACAUUGGCAUCUACGAGUGCAUUGCGCGCAAUGAAAUGGGCGAGAUCAAAUCGCAGCCUAUACGCAUGAUGGUCAACGAUGCUGACAGCAGACGGAACAGCCAGCAUGACCAACACCAUGACGUGUCCAGCAAUCAGGUGUGGGCCGCUCCGGAUGCGGAUGCGGAUGUGGAUGCGCAGGGGACACCAAUGCCACCACAUUUCACCCAACAGCCGCAUGACCAAAUUGUGGCACUACAUCGAGUCGGACACGUGCUGCUCGAUUGCGUUGCCGCCGGUUGGCCACAGCCAGACAUACAAUGGUUCUUCAAUGGUCGCCCACUGUCCCAGUCCACGUCCACACUGCAGCUGCAGGCCAACGGCAGUCUGGUCCUCCUCGAACCCAGCCAGCUGACGGCGGGCACGUAUCGUUGCGAGGCUCACAAUAGCCUGGGCUCUGUUCAGGCCACUGCCCGCAUCGAAGUCAAGGAUUUACCCGAAAUUUUAAUGGCACCACAAAACCAAACAAUCAAACUGGGCACAGCCUUUGUGCUGGAAUGCGAUGCCGAUGGCAACCCGCUGCCCAACAUAACCUGGUUCUUCAAUGGCCAACCUCUCCAGUCCAGCGCCGACCUGCUAUUGGAGAAUGAGAACACCGAGCUGGUGGUUAGCGUGGCCAAAGAACAGCAUGCUGGUGAAUAUCUCUGCAUGGCACGCAAUGAGAACGGUGAGGUUUUGGCGUCUGCAACGAUUAGAGUGGUGCAAUCGCAGUCACCACCGCGUUUGGCCAUUGAGCCGAGCAAUUUGGUGGCCAUUACGGGCACCACCAUUGAGCUGCCCUGCCAGGCGGAACAAGCCGAAGAUGGACUUCAAAUUGUGUGGCGUCGGGAUGGACGCCUCAUCGAUCCCAACGUGCAAUUGACUGAGAAAUAUCAAAUAAGUGGCACUGGCAGUUUGUUUGUCAAGAAUGUGACUAUCCUCGAUGGUGGACGCUACGAGUGCCAGCUAAAGAACAAAUUUGGUAGAGCCACCGCAUCAGCUCUCGUUACCAUUAGAAACAAUGUGGAUCUGGCUCCUGGAGAUCGUUAUGUGCGCAUUGCCUUUGCCGAGGCUGCCAAGGAGAUUGAUGUGGCCAUUAAUAAUACGCUGGACAUGCUCUUCUCCAAUCGCACCACCGGUGCACCACCCAACUUUGGAGAACUAUUGAGAGUAUUCCGUUUUCCCACUGGCCAAGCGAGACAACUUGCUCGCGCUGCGGAGAUCUAUGAGCGCACCUUGGUCAACAUCAGGAAGCAUGUGCAGCGAGGAGAGAACCUGACCAUGGAGAGCGAGAAAUACGAAUUCAGGGAUCUCUUGUCGCGGGAGCAUUUGCAUUUGGUGGCGGAGCUAUCGGGUUGUAUGGAGCAUCGGGAGAUGCCCAAUUGCACGGACAUGUGCUUCCACUCCAAAUAUCGCAGCAUCGAAGGCACAUGCAACAAUCUGAUGCAUCCAACCUGGGGAGCUUCCCUAACGGCCUUCAGGAGAAUCGCAGCUCCCAUUUAUGAGAACGGAUUCAGCAUGCCCGUGGGUUGGACAAAGGGACGCAUGUAUGCGGGUCAUCCUAAGCCAAGUGCACGUCUGGUGUCCACCUCGCUGGUGUCCACUAAAGAGAUAACACCGGAUACAAGGAUUACGCAUAUGGUAAUGCAAUGGGGACAGUUUUUGGACCAUGAUCUAGAUCAUGCUAUUCCCUCCGUCAGUUCGGAGAGCUGGGACGGCAUUGAUUGCAAAAAGAGCUGCGAGUAUGCCCCGCCCUGUUACCCCAUUGAGGUGCCUCCAAAUGAUCCACGUGUGAAGAAUCGUCGCUGCAUUGACGUGGUCCGUUCCAGUGCCAUUUGUGGCUCGGGCAUGACUUCGCUCUUCUUCGAUGGCGUGCAGCAUCGGGAGCAGAUUAAUCAGUUGACCUCGUAUAUAGAUGCCUCCCAGAUGUAUGGCUACAGCACUCCCUUUGCCCAGGAACUGCGCAAUCUGAGCACGGAUGAGGGUCUCCUCCGAGUCGGCGUGCACUUCCCGAACCAGAAGGCCAUGUUGCCCUUUGCGGCGCCACAGGAUGGCAUGGACUGUCGCCGCAACUUGGAUGAGAACCAAAUGAAUUGCUUUGUCUCUGGCGAUAUACGUGUGAAUGAGCAAGUGGGUCUUCUGGCCAUGCACACGAUUUGGAUGCGGGAACACAAUCGCAUUGCCGGCAAAUUGCGUGAGAUUAAUCCACAUUGGGAUGGCGAUACCCUGUACCAGGAGGCACGCAAGAUUGUCGGCGCCCAGAUGCAGCACAUCACCUUCAAGCAGUGGUUGCCCCUGAUCGUUGGGGAGAGUGGCAUGGCUCUCAUGGGCGAGUAUCGUGGAUACGAUCCUCAGGUGAAUCCCAGCAUUGCCAAUGAAUUUGCCACGGCAGCUUUGCGUUUUGGCCAUACCAUUAUCAAUCCCAUACUGCAUCGCCUGAACUCCAGCUUCCAACCUAUUCCUGAAGGUCAUCUGCUGUUGCACAAGGCAUUCUUUGCGCCCUGGCGUCUGGCCUAUGAAGGUGGCGUUGAUCCUCUGUUGCGAGGCAUGCUCGCUGUGCCCGCCAAGCUCAAGUUGCCCGAUCAGAAUCUGAACACGGAGCUCACGGAGAAACUCUUCCUAACGGCGCAUGCGGUGGCCCUUGACCUGGCUGCCAUUAACAUACAGCGUGGACGAGAUCACGGCAUACCCGGCUAUAAUGUCUACAGGAAGUUCUGUAAUCUAACCGUUGCCCAGGAUUUUGAUGACUUGGCUGGUGAGAUUACGAAUGCGGAUAUCAGGCAGAAGCUGCGCGAGCUCUAUGGGCAUCCGGAUAACAUUGACGUCUGGCUCGGUGGCAUACUGGAGGAUCAAGUUGAAGGUGGCAAGGUGGGUCGACUCUUCCAGUGCCUGUUGGUGGAGCAGUUCCGUCGCUUGCGCGAUGGCGAUCGAUUCUACUACGAGAAUCCUGGCGUCUUCUUGCCCGAACAGCUCGUCCAGAUCAAACAGGCCAACUUGGGACGUGUGCUCUGCGAUGUGGGCGACAAUUUCGAACAGAUGACAGAGAACGUAUUCAUUCUGGCCAAGCAUCAAGGUGGCUACAAGCAGUGCGAGGAUAUUCCCGGCAUCAAUCUGUAUCUGUGGCAGGAAUGCGGCAGCUGCAACAAUCUGCCACCAGUAUUCAGCUCUUUUGUGCCACAAACCUACACCAAGCGCAGCCAGCGUGCUAAGCGUGAUGUCCACAACGAGGAGCAAGAGGUGUCCACCGCCGAGAGCUACGACAGUCCCCUGGAAUCACUCUACCAGGUGAACGAGGAACGCGUCAGCGGUCUGGAGGAACUCAUUGGCAACUUCCAGAAGGAGCUGAAGAAGCUGCACAAGAAACUGCGCAAACUGGAGGAUUCCUGCAAUGCUGCCGAUUCAGAGCCUUUGCCACAGAUCGUGCAACUGGCCCCCGCUCCACAACCCGCUGUCGUGAAGUCCAAGCGGAGUCACUGCGUCGACGACAAGGGCACCACACGGCUGAACAACGAGGUCUGGACGCCGGAUGUGUGCACCAAGUGCAACUGCUUCCAUGGACAGGUGAACUGCCUGCGUCAACAGUGCGGCGAGGUCAGUUGCCCGCCGGGCAUUGAACCGCUGACGCCUCCAGAGGCAUGUUGUCCACACUGCCCAACAAUGCCAGCUGCUGCCAAAUUGGUCAACUGAGCUGGUCAAUGGACAUUGCAAUCUGCAUAUCGACUUAACGAGUAAUCAAACCUUAAUCUUAGUAGCCACAUUAACUCUAAUGAGCGUAUUCCAGAGGCAAAUAAAGUUAGGCACUUAAGUCCACACAUUCACCUGUGGGAUAUUCUCCGAAUAGUGUCCAUCCGAAUCCGACUCAAACUCUAAUCGAAGACGCACACGCAGAACAAGCAAUUAAUUAAUUAACUAAAAUUUACUGCUACACAUGUAAUAAUAAAGCACAUUAAUAGCAA